CAGGCAGCGCGCUGCUGGGGAGGCGGGGGCUUAUCGGCCAGGCAGGCAGGCAGGACUCCGCCCGCGCGCCGCUGGCAGAGGUGGCCCCGGCGCCUGGCCCCUCCUCGCCCGGCCGAGCAGCUCCGCCUCUCCUGCCUCAGUCGCCGAGCCCGGGCCUGUCCAGCGCCACACGCUCCAGCUCCUGCCGCCGCCGCCGCCUGCAACCCGAGCCCGCCGCCGGCCACGUUCCUGCUUCGCCAUGGAGGAUUAUCACAAGCCCGACCAGCAGACGCUGCAGGCCCUGAAGGACACGGCCAAUCGGCUGCGCAUCAACUCCAUCAAGGCCACCACCGCGGCUGGCUCCGGGUGAGCCAAGGGGGAGAGGGAGGGAGGGAGGGAGGGAGCCGGGCUCGACUCAGGCACAGCGAACCUCCCUCACCAGAGAAGUGCCGGGGCUCACACGCCUGCCGGCCAGUCACGCCUUCUCUCUUGGAAGGCCCCGGAUCUCGCAGACGAGGGAUCAAGGCAGCCUGUCUUGCUUAGCACGACGAAGGAAAACUGCCUCACCUUUGGUCGUAGCUUAGUGUUGCGCGACUCGGACUGGCAGUCGGCACUCGGGGUUUCCAGGCAGAGAGGUUCUCCCAGCCCUACAGUGGAGAUGCUAAAGGUUGAACCGAGCACCGUUUGCAUGCCUUUCCCCUGUAAUAGACGCCGCUUCCGGAGUGCAGACCUGUUUCUCCAGAGCUGAAAUGAACUCACGGAGGGAUGGCAGCAGUCUGCCUGACAUAUUCAGCACUGGCCGCCCGCCUUUGAUCUUGCCCCACGUUUCCCACCCACAGUGUGGGGUGGGGGCGGAAAGUUGCUCUGUUGAUGCCUUCUGUAAAUGUCCCAUGCCACCUUUAUCCCAGGGUAGAUCUUACUUGGGUGCUGGCUAUCCUCCUAAGAACAGACCCUUACCAUUUUCUGAGCAAGGUGGGGUCAACUCUCUUAACAUCUAUUUUUUGCUCCAACCCACAACAUAUCAAAGCAUUAUCCAACUGCCUGAAGGUAGGAAAAUGUACUUGCUAUCUCCUUAAACAGAUUGUACCAUUAUUGGCAUUUCACCCCAUAAGAUGGAUAAGUUCUCGUCUCGUCCCUUCACUCUUAAUAAUCCUAGCUAGCAAAAGGUAGCCCCUACUUAGGUGUCUCUUUGGUACAGUACUGUGUAGCCCAAGAAGAUAGUUGUGCUUUCCUUCCCUGGUCCUGCUACAAAUGAUUCUAGAGCAAGGCUACUAAUGUGUCAAACAGCCUUGACACUACCAUCUGUUUGUGUGGACUUCUGUGCCUCUGGAUGAAAUUUGGUCCAAAUCUUGCUUCUUACUGUUGCGCGUGUGUGCAGUCCAGGGGAUUUCUGCAGAGAUCUGACUGUUGAAAUCCAUUGACAUGCAUCGGUCAUCAAGCCACAAUGUGCAUACACUGUUACCUAAACAUUGUAUUUGAGUUCAGUAGGGUGUUUCUCUUGGAGCAAUAAUUUAUUUCACAGCUUUGCCCAAAUGGGUUAGCGAUAUCUUAAACAUUAUACCUGUUUGCAUACCACCUGUUUCCCCCCCUCUUUUCUUAAAAAGCAGUAAUGAUAAAUAAAAUAUAGAGCUGAAGAUCUUUGUUCUUACUGGGAAACCUUGAAUUUUGAGUUGCAAAAUGAGUUCAGAGCUUCCAUUAGGUUUUGAAAUGCAGGUUUAAAGCAAUCUUUAGGUGUCAGUUAUGUUUCACAACUCAUGUAAUAAGCAAACCUGGUUUGGCAACCUAAAGCUUUCAACAGCCAUACAAUUUAAUGGAGGAUUUUCUUUGGAUAGAAGAUGUAGCCAUUACAAAUCACUUUAGAAGGUUGCAGAUAUAGUGAAGGUGCAAAUAGAAUUAGAUAGCUUAUUUGCUUCAUCUGUAGCUGGAUUGAAUUUGGGAUUUGUGUAAGUUCCAAGGAGCUGAACAAACCCAUUUUCAGCUGGUGCCUGCAGCCCUAUACACAUUUAUCUGGGAGUAAGUCCCAUUAAACUCAAUGGGACAACUUUUGAAUAGACCAAUGUUAGGAUUAGAAAGAGAACGGAGUUAAUUGCUCUUAAAUACUGUAUAGGAGCUUUUCUGAUUAUACUCAUACAGUUUGUUUAUGCAUGUAGUGUGUGUGUCCAAAUGUUUGGCUCCGUGUGGAUAGCGUGCAGAAUCAACCCUUCUACCAUAAUGCUGUCUGCUUUAAUCAUGUGCAGCUAAAGUGGGCAGCUAAAAUCAGAGCACCCAGAAAGCGUGAGAGUAUAAUAUUGACAGUGUAUUUUUGACACAGAUGAAUUGGGAUAUAAGGUUCUUCAUGCGUAUGAUAUGACAGAAAGGGAACUCAGGAAUGCUCUCUUGACACACAGUUGGAAGAAAAACAAUUUAUGCUUUCAGCCAAAUUCUUUCUUUUGUACCCAACAGUCGUAACUAAUUAUCAGCAAAAUUUCAAGUUCGCCAAAGUGGGAUUAUUUUUCAAAUGCCUGAAGUCUCAUAUGGGCAGUUUAUUCAGGCUUUAGAAUAGAGGUUAUUUUAGGCUCUGCCUGCAGAUUCCAGAGUUAGUCUAGUUUUGCUUGUACUCUGCGAUGGGAAAAAUCCAUUGUCUUUUGAUGUGAAAAUCAAGCUAUUUCCCCACAUCAAACAGGUUUAUUUAAUGUUCCAUUGACAAACACUGAUUUUCUAAAAUCUCUUUACAAUAUAUUUACUUUGUUUCAGCUAUGGAUUGUAUUUUUUUCAUUUUCUGUUGAUUGUGUGUGCUAUAUUAUUUAAGGUUCACAUUGUCACAUUUUAAAAUUUAAUUUUUAGAAGCAAAAGUUUUCUGUAAGGUUGAAACAUCUGCCCACAUUUUAAAUUCCUUUUGUCUGCAGUGAUCUCACUGAAUUUUGUAAGGUGCAUGAAAAUGCCAUCGUUGGAGGCAUUCCUGCACUGAAUCUCAUUUAAAUGGAAUGUUAAAUUCUGACAACCACACAUUCUGUUCUGAGGUCCAUCUGAAGGAUUAGGGAUAAUAAUACAUAUAUAUAUAAAUGUAAACCCUUCCACCUUGUGUUGGGCAACAAAGUUGCGACAAAAGAAAAGUGAUGGACCCAUUUUGAAUUUGAAUGAAUUCAAACCAUUGCACCAUAGUUCAGCCUUAACGUUGGUUCAAUGUGACAUCAGACCUGAGAAACCAUGAUUUGUAAUGGAACUGAAAAUUACAACGGGGAACAUGAUAUGAAGUGAGUUUGCUUGUACUAGCUGUAAUUCCAUGAUUGUCUGAAUUGACACACCAUAGGUAUGGCUGAUGCCUUGGUGCACCAUUAAGGCAGAAAAGCUGGGGGAAAUGAAAGUGCACAUGUGACUUCAGUUGUAGCAUCUUCAUGGGUGCUCUAUUCUGCUGGCAGGAUAGUUCUCCUCUUUCAUAGCCUAACUCUUACUAGAUGCUUCCUCUGUAGCUGUGUUCAGGGCAGCUCACAGUAUUAGAGGAGUUUGGAACAAACAGGGAACAGCCUUAUAACGAGUCCCUUCGUAAGAGAAGUAACAACAGCAAGAAUUUAAAUGCAAGUGUAUUUUAAAACUGAUAUUAGUUCUAAUCAUCGUGCCUGAUUUGCCUUGAAAGGAGCGUGUUCUGCUUGAUCCUAAAGUUCACCAAGUCAUGUAGAAGGUGGCAAAAACCUUAUUCUCCCAGAUGGAGCUCAAAAUGACUUUAUAUUGGUUGUGGGUGGUGUUAGCAACUCGGUGCACGGCUUCACCGUCCUCCUGAAGCCAUGCUGUUCUGCGGGUGGUUGCUCCGCCCUCCUGGCUGCCGCAGUGCCUGAUGGGUUCCCACCAAGCCCAGAUUCAAAUUCCGGCCUAUCCGCGGUGGCCUUGGGGUGGGGCAAGAGCAGCAGACUGAGUUGGAGCAGGCUUCACUCUGGUCCGCUCCAGAAGCAUAAAAAGGGGCCAGAGCUGACCUCUAAUCUUGUUUUUUCUUACAGGCUAACCUUUCUCCUUUCUAGGUUCUCUGGCGUUGAUAUGGUUGUACAAUGGCUGCUGUUUUCUCACAGCUGGGAAAUAAUUUCCCCUGCUCUACAGGUUUUGCCUACCCAAUAGCAAUUGUCACAACUUUGGCGAUUUUAGGCAUUGGGCGGAAUCCUUUAGUCUUAACAACUGAAAGAGGGUAAAGUGGUGACUUAUCCCUUUUCGGCAGCGACACCAGGGUACCCUGUUAAAGGGGUCUUGAGGGGAGUCUUUGUCCACAAGGGCACAACAAGUGGGCCAUAGAACUCCCCCCAGUGACGUGGGAGAGAGCCAGUUGCGUAAACACACAUUUUGCAGGGGCCCCAUAUUCCCGUUUGACUGUGACUUGCCUCAGACCCCCAGCAGGGGGGCUGAGAGGGAUACACACCCAGUGCCUAUGCCAAAGUUUCCAACAUGUGAAAUUCAAUAAAGUUGUGGCCAUUUUAAUCCCUAAAGAUGUUGUCGUGUCUCCUGCUUGAUCCUGAGGUCUGGCUCCCGGUGGGGUGGGGACUUUGCCUGGGCACGCAAAAAUCAUUUAUAACUAGCUACCAUUGCCAGCUGAGCUACAAGCAGCAAAUCUGGAUCCAGAGCAGCAAAUUGAUUCUGUCAAUGCCGUGACUCUCCAGAGCAGGCAAUGCAGCCUCAUUCUGCAAUCUCUAUUUCUUUUUAAUUCAGUUUCAUACUUCCCAAAUAUAUAUCAUGCAUUCUUUAGCAAUCAACUUAAGAGCUUGCAAAUGGAUAGAGAGGCAGUUUGGAUUCACCAGACUUUGAGUGUGUCUCUAGUUGAGGGCAAAUAGCAUUCCUCAGCCUUGGUCACAGCUCUUCUGUACUUUCAAAGCCUAUGCUAAUUUUUAUGCGCAUUAAAAUGUGACUCUAUCACAAAUGGCUACAUCUCUUGUAAUAAAGUAAUUUGUUAAGGCAAAACCAUUUCUGAGGAAGGAUAUGGAAUGAGUGGGGGGAAAACGAAGCAGGUUCUGGGGGUAGGGGAAGAAAGUACCUAACCAUAAAGCAGAACCCUUAGAAGGAAGUUGUCUUUCUUAUUCUCGGUGUGGUGUUGCAAUAGCUAUAUUUACCAUUUUACAACAUCAAGGUGGUUCCUGUUUUAUUUUUUGAGGUCAGUUGGAGUUCUGUCUGAAGGAGACUGUGGGGAUGCAAAGCCUAGUGACUGGGAAAUUAAGAGAUGGGAACAAUGUGAUUGUACAGUACAUUCAAAUACAGGAUCAAUAUUUAUUUGAACAGUCUCUUUAGUAAAAAGCAGGGAGCAGAGACUCAGUACUCAGUUCGGCAAGAUCUAAUUCCUCCUUUGUUAUCCCUGGGGCCAGAUACUAGAAUGAAUAGAUGUAGAAUGAAUAGAUGGAUAUCAGUUCUUGCCACUCCUUGGGAGCAGAAAAUGGCCAGAAGUAAAUGCAUGAUGAAUCAUGUUAUGGGGCUCUGCAAGUCUCCAGUUGAUAUGCCCUACCCACUUCUUUGUUUGCACUAACAGAAAAGUGCCUGAGGACGCUUGGGUAGUCUUUUAGUCCUCUUUCCCUAUUGUGUCCAGACUGAGCCAUCUAGUAGAGUCUUAAAAGGGUCUCAUGACCACCAGGGGGCGGGUAACAUGCCAGUUGUGGGAGGAGCCAGAGGUAGAAGUAGGUGAUGGUGAUGGCGACAAACAAUCCAGAGCUGGAAGGAGGAGGCAGCCUUUGUCCAUGAGGACACUUAUCUUCCUUGAAUGGCAAUGAUGAAUGAGUGCAUGCUCAGACUAUGUAACUGCCUUUUCAAGGGGACUGUGACUGCACCCAGAACAGGCUGUCUACCUAAUUCCAGAGAAAGCAAUCUACUAAUCUACAGGACCUCCCUCUUGUCUGGAUUCAGUAUCUACUUACUGGUCCUCAUAGAAUUAUAGAGUUGGAAGUGAUCCCAAGGGUCUUCUAGUCCAACCCCCUGCAAUGCAGGAAUCCCAACUAUAUAUACAUGACAGAUGGCCACCCAACCUCUGCUUUAAAACCUCCAACAAAGGAGAGUCCACAACCUCCCAAGGGACCUCCCAUUCCACUGUCAAACAGCUCUUACUGUCAAAGUUCUUCCUGAGUCUCUCUUUCUUUCUUUUUUGUAACUUCAAUUCAUUGGUUCAAAUCCUAUCUGCUUCAGAGCAGGAGAAAACAAGCUUGCUCCAUCUUCCAUGUGACAGCUCUUUAGAUAUUUGAAGAUGGCUAUCAUAUCUCCUCUCAGUCUCCUCUUCUCCAGGUUAAACAUACCCAGCUCCUUAAUCUGUUCCUCAUAAGACUUGGUUUCUAAACCCUUGAUAAUCUUGGUUGCCUUCCUCUGCACAUAUUCCAGCUUGUCAACAUCCUUCUUAAAGUGUGGUGCCCAGAACUGGACACAAGAGUCCAGGUGUGGUCUGACUAAAAUAGAAUAGAGUAGGACUAUUACUUUCCUUGAUUGGAACACUGUACUUCUGUUGACGCAGCCUAGAAUAGCAUUAGCUUUUUGCUGAUGACUCCUGACUUUUUUGUUAUUUUUAACCUCUCUUGCAAGUCUGAGAUUUGGCCCACCUGACCUUUCCCCUGCAACUGCUGGUAACUCAUGAAUACUCUUCCUUUGGGAUUUCCCAUUUCUUCCACUUCUUAUUCAUUCCCUUCUUACAUCUCAGCUCAUCUGUAAGUUCCUUAUGUUGCCACACUGGUUUCACUAGAAGCAUCCCAUGCAUCUGGGCACUGGUCAAGGAUUCAGAUAACAAGGAGAAAUAGAGCUAGAUGGCGUCUGGGCCAUGUUGCAUAGUGAUAGCAACUUCCUGAAGCAUCCCUGCCUUUAGCACAAGCCCUGAGUUCACAGACCUGGUGAUUGGUGGCUGUAGGCUGCUGGCUGUCCUACCCAGCUGGCCCUGCAUGCUCAACCUGAGCAAUCACAUUGGUUUUUGCAGGUCCUUUUAAGUGCAGCAAGUCAAGGUAGUCUCUUGACUACUGCCUCCUUUGCCAACAUCUGGAAUAAGUGACUUUCUUAACAUGGGUUCACAACCUCCAUCAAGAUUGUGGUGCAUGUUUCCAAAUGUCUCUUCUUGGUAAAAGCCGAAAUUGGUUGUUUUAUGCUUUCAUGUUGUUACGCCUUUCUACUCCUUUUGGUCAUAUUUGCCUUUGCAUAAUUCCACCCCACCCGCUGGCACUUGGUGCGUUUUUGCUUAAUCAACUGUCCAUGCUGAGUAGGCAUCUUUUGUAUUGCAGCUCUGUUUGUUUUGUGUUAAUCCAAGCAGUUUGACCAGAACUAAUAGAAUUUGACGAUUGAAAGAAGAGAGGUUUGAGAAAGAACAAAUGGUUAUUGUAGUUUCAGAGGAAUAUUUUAUUUUUUAAGAAAUUGCAAGAAGGAAGUUACGUAUGAAUGUAUUUCCAUAGAAUCCACUGUGUUUACAUUCCUUUUCCAAAACAUGUUGUCCGUAUUGGGAGUGAUGUUUGCAAAUGUAUAGGGAACAAGUUAUUUUGCACAUUGGCCAAUAGUUGAAAAUCUCUAGUUUCAACAGGAAUUGUUUUUUACGUGGAAUGUGUUGAAUUUCAGAUAUUGGAGCGUAGCUCGGUUUGUAAACUGAAUUCCAGUUACUGAUGGAAGCUGAAAGGUAGAGGGUGUCCUCUACUACGUCUUCUGCAACACCUUAGUUCAUUUUGAAAUCUGCUUGAAGCCUUUUGCAGAAGUCUUAUGAAAAUUAGUGGUACUUGCAGAACACUAUUGCUUAGUGUGUGCUUUUUUGCAAUAUCAGUAUUUUGCAAUCUAAUCCUAAAGCUGCUGUCAUACUCCCACAUACCUGUAAGUAAGCCCUGUUGAAUUCAGUAAGACUUACUUUUGAGUAAAUGUGGCUAGAACUGUGUUGUCCAUCUUGCCAAGUUUAAUCGGACUUGUUUCCUGGUAACCAAGGUUGCAAUCCUAAGCACAUGUAACAUCUCCCCCUCCAGUGGAUAGGUAGCUCAAUUUUCAGUUUUUAUAUUUUAUUAAUAUAAUUUUAAACCUGUUUUAAAUUUUUUUUUAAUGCUAACAAUUAUUGAAGUCCCCUACCACAAAUAUCUGUAUUUCUAUAACUAUGUAUUUAUAUCUGUAUCUAUAUCUGAGUGCCCAGAGGGGUAGCUGUGUUAGUCUGCUGCAGCAAAACAGCAAGAAGUCUUGUCUGAUGAAAUGGACUCUUGUCUACUACAACAUAUGCUGUAAUAAAUUAGCUGGCAUUUAAGGUGCCUUAAGAUUCUUUGUUGGAAUUGAGAAUUGUUGUGGUAAAAUGUUUUUAAUUGGUUGCUUUAAUUUUUUUAAAUGUUUGUUUUCAUUCCCUGUUUAAUUUUUCUUCUUCUACAUGUUCACCAAUAGGUUUAUUUAAAAACUUUACCCUCAGAGCAGCAGUUCUUUAGAGAGAUGGUUAAGUAUAACAUUUAUAAGAUUUAAGGAAUGAAAGCCUUUUAAGCAAGCAUGUAAGGUUUACUGAUUAACAGCCAUGUGUAAAUAUUUACUAAUACAUGUUUUUGAGUCGUGACUUAAAUCUAAUUAUUUUAAUUCCUAGUGUGCAAGCACUUAACAAGGGAUGAGCACUAACCUUUACUCCUGUUUUUUAAAAAAAGCAUUUGCAUGUGUUUUAAGAAAUUGUUAACGAGAGUGCUGUUCCCAAAGGAGUUUGGAUUAGGAAGCAAUAUUUAAUUGGCAGCUUGAUAAUUAGCACAUUAUAUAGCCUUAAAUCCUGUGGAUGUCAUACAACUGUUGUAUCAUGUGUUUGGAUUUAGGAUUUUAAAAAUGCUAACAUGCAUGGAAAAUGUAAAGGGAAAAUGCCUUGUGACAGCCAAACUAGUAGACCGUUACUCUAUGAACAGGAUUUCUGGCUGUUAACUAUUAUAGCUGCCCUAUAGCAUGUCAGCUAGUACAACUGACAAUUCAUUCCACUGGAUCAUUACAAGCUACUGACGCUUUUAGACUAGUAAUGUUUAAAACUGAGCGUGAUCCUAGGUCACAGAUUUCAGCCAUAAAUUUACGAACAGUUUUACUCUAAUUCUGCAGUCCAUAAUACACUUAUACUAGGGAGUAAGCCUCAUCGGGACGCGGAUGGCACUGUGGGUUAAACCACUGAGCCUUGGGCUUGCCGAUCAGAAGGUCGGCGGUUCGAAUCCCUGCGGCGGAGUGAGCUCCUGUUGCUCGGUCCCUCCUCCUGCCAACCUAGCAGUUCGAAAGCACAUCGAAGUGCAAGUAGAUAAAUAGGCACCGCUCUGGCGGGAAGGUAAAUGGCGUUUCCGUGCACUGCUCUAGUUUGCCAGAAGCGGCUUAGUCAUGCUGGCCACAUGACCCAGAAGCUGUAUGCUGGCUCCCUCAGCCAGUAAAGCUGGAUGAGCGCCACAACCCCAGAGUCAUCCGUGACUGGACCAAACGGGCAGGGGUCCCUUUACCUUUACCUUUACCUUUACCUUUUAAGCCUCACUGAACCCAGUAGGACAGGAAUGAGGAACCUCCAGCCCAGGGGGCCAGUUUUGGCCUGCCAACUUUCCCCAUUUGGACUGCAAAGCCAUUUUGUGCAAGCCAUGCUCACCUGUCCAACACCUGAGGGUCAUACAGAUAAGGGUGGGGGGCCUUUGAAAUGCUGCACAAAACUGGUACCCAGCACUAAGCAGGAUUGCCCUCCUGGUACAUUGGCUGAUGCAAAGAAAGGGUGAUCCUACAGGAAACUCCCUCACACACCCAAAUCUGCUCAGUUUGGCUGCACUUUCAGAACACUCAGCAGGUAGCAAAGCACUGCUAAAAGCUAGCUUUUUUUUUCAUUUCAGCAGCUGUUUCACUGUAAACCCCUUGUAGUGAAACAGAUGUUAGCAGUGCCUUCCUGCCUCCUACAAACUUUGAGGUCCUGACUUUGGGAUUUCAAAGGGCAAAAAUCCUUGAUAUUGUUUGUGACAGAAUGUGGGUUGGCAGGUAGGCAUCCUCACUCACUUGUUAAAUGUGGCCCAUGAGUUGGAUCUGGCCUGUGGAGCCAAAAGGUUUCUCCACACUUGAAGCAGGGCUAAGUAAUCUUACAUAGGGUUGAGCUGUAAAAUUCUGUUAAAUAUAUUAAAAUAAAUGAUAUAUUAUUGAUAAGUCCAAAUUCUGAAAUCCAGAUGCCUUGCUUAUGGAAUGCUGUUAUACUAUCUAUAAUUAACUGUAUGCAUUCUUAUAAAUUCUGUCUUUUAGAGACAAAGUAAAUCACACUGCAGGGUCAUGCUUGCUUUCUCAAUUUCUCCAAUCCCUAGAAACGUUAAUUUCUAGUUUCCCUGUGAUAAUCGUUCAGGGUAGGCAAUAUCUUAAAAGGGUAUGACAAAUAUUCACAAAUGAAAAAUGAAGUGGGGGGAAGAAUUCCCACUCCACCAUUCAAAAGCCAGAUCUAUUGAGGUUUUUCUUUUUCUUUUCAAGGCAAGUCGGGGCUUUUAGAAACCUCUUAAAGAAAUUAGUUUAACAACUGUGGAGAAUCUCUCUUGCUGCCCGAACAUGAUACUCAGGUGUGGUACUAUAAGAAUUGUUUGCUGUUGAUCCUUAAGAUCACAUUGGGAUAUAGAGGAGGAGGAAGCAAGCCACUUCAAGUUUAUACUAGGUUAAACAGAAUUGUGCUUGUUUCUUGUCCUGAAAUAGCCUAAUAAUCUGCAGUGCUAGAAAGGGCAUCUCUCCUGUUCAUCUUCCUUUUAGUAAUGUACUGACAUGAUUAUUUUGCAAACCAACUGAAACCCUUCCCUGAAGCUCAGGAGAAAAUCAUACAUGACAUGCUCCUUCACAAUGUCAUUGAAAUCCCUGCUGCAAAUCUCCUUCAACUUGUGCUCUCGAAAGAGAGAAAACAUAUCCAAUGUCAUAAUGCACCAACUUGUUUUCUGAAGCUUAACUUUCCUUUAUAAGUGCUCAUUAAAACUUAAUAUCUAGUCAGAUAAGUGCUCUUUCAAAGUGGCUAACUUGUGUCCUUUCAGAUAUUGCUGGACUACACUUCCAUCAUCCUGGCUGGGGCUGGUGAGAAGUAGAGUCCAGUGGCAUCUAGGCGGCGAAUACCCUGUAGCCAUGUAUAAUAAACCAUAGGCAAGGGGCCAUUUUCCCAAAAUACCUAAGUAUUGUCAGGGCUUCGUUCAGGUCAAGGAGAUCUCCUUGGGCCUUUCACAGGAAAUGAAGCUUUUCUCUAAAAGUAGGUGAAUGUGUAACUUCAUGAACACAAUAGCUGCUAAUUCUGAUGCUCUUUCUUGAUCUUAGCGGAGAGAAAGUAGCUCAAGGUGUUCUGUCACCGAAGCUUACAUUUCGGCAUCCAUUUUGGGGGAGAUAACACGACAUCCUCUUCUCUUAACUGAUCAGAGCUAAUGGACACUAGGAUGAUAGUAGAUGGAAGGAGUUCUCACAGGCACUUCUAAUGGCACGUUUCCCUGUGGAAGCCUGGAAGGAUGAGCAUGUUGGUGUUUCAGUGACAGAAAUGUGACCCGACAAGAGGCUGCAGUUGUAAUGCUCCGUGUGCUUUGAUUUGCAGCCACCCAACGUCAUGUUGCAGUGCUGCAGAAAUCAUGUCUGUGCUGUUUUUCCAUACCAUGAGGUACAAGCCGCAGGAUCCCAGAAAUCCUAACAAUGACCGGUUUGUUCUUUCCAAGGUAAGAGCUAGAUCUUUUUCAUUACUCUCCUGAAGGCUAGCUCUGAUUGAAUACUCUACUCCGUUUCCUAAUGGCUCUUUGCAACAGGGGAAAAAAAUAUCCUCAGCAGUGUUCUUAUACAACAAUGCAAAAAACCCAAGAAUUUCUUUGCCAUCCUUCACAAUUUCUGCGCUGACCCUUGGAUUCAUGCACUUGUUUCAAACUCCUUGGGCUUUUGAGACAUUAGCUCAAAUGCCAAUCAAGUUAGUCACACCUAAGUCCUAUUGGAAUCAGUAGGACAAUUAACCAACAGGACAUUAAUUUCAGUGGAACUUGAAAUUCAGCCGGCUGUCUUUUGCUUUGGGCUGUUACUCCUUAUCUCUACCUCUUUGUACACCCUGAGAUGGGGGGUGGGGCUCAAACCCACUUAUGAAGAGAAGCAAACCAUUAACCAGGAGGCACCAUAUAUUGCAGGAUCCUUGGGAUUUUGUUUUCUCAUCUCUCACUUUGGGCAUUUGCUUCUCUCUACAAUGAGCAGAGGGACGCGGGUGGCGCUGUGGGUUAAAGCCUCUGCACCUAGGACUUGCCGAUCGAAAGGUCGGCGGUUCGAAUCCCCGUGGCGGGGUGCACUCCCGUCGUUCGGUCCCAGUGCCUGCCAAUCUAGCAGUUCGAAAGCACCUUCGGGUGCAAGUAGAUAAAUAGGGACCGCUUACCAGCGGGAAGGUAAACGGCGUUCCGUGUGCUGCGCUGGCUCGCCAGAUGCAGCUUGUCACACUGGCCACGUGACCCGGAAAUGUCUGCGGACAGCGCUGGCUCCCGGCCUAUAGAGUGAGAUGAGCGCACAACCCUAGAGUCUGGCAAGACUGGCCCGUAUGGGCAGGGGUACCUUUACCUUUACCUUUACUACAAUGAGCAGAACACAGGAGGGACUGGGAGAAAGUAUUUGCAGCCUUCUGGUCGUUGACUUCAAAUAUUUUUUUCCCUUUGCACAUGUAGACAUACCUAUUUUUUUUAAACUUUCCCUUAUUGCUGUUCUAACUGCUUGUCUGCUUCCACCCUCUUUUCCAUUACUUCCUACUCCUGUUUUUGCCAUGUUUGCCAUGCUGUUUCCUAUUCUAGAACAGCCGUCCCCAUUUUCCGUUGAGCCCCUUUCCCCCCUUCUAGUUCACUGUCCCUUUUUGCCUCAUUUAAACUCUCCGAUUUGAAUAAGACCCUUCAGCAGAGACCAUGUCACUAGUGUGAUAUCUAAUAGUUUUUCUCCUCAAUAGUUAAUUUAAAAAAAAAAAAAACCACAAGAGCUUUGCUGCAUCAAGCAGAAAUCCCAUCUACUCUAGCAUCAUCCUGUUCUUGCAGUAGACAACCAGAUGCCUGCAAGCAGAAUAUGAGGACAACAUGUUGACAUGAGCAUUUCCAUAUCCUUGCAUGCUAUUUUGCCUCUCUUCUUAAGAUGGUCUGCAAUUGCUGAUUUUGUUUCUUCCCCUUCGUCUAGGGUCAUGCAGCCCCAAUCUUGUAUGCUGCCUGGGCUGAAGCAGGCUUCCUCCAUGAAUCAGAGUUAUUAAACCUGAGGAAAAUUGAUUCCAUUUUGGAAGGCCACCCUGUGCCAGUGAGUAUUUCGGGAAAACGCAGGGAGAUUGCCUUAGGAAUCAAAAUGUUUGUGCACCUUUUACACUACUGUCAACAUCUGGUUCAUAGUGAUAGUUUAGCAAUGCUUUAACAGAAGUAAACCCAUGAGUUGACAACAAAUGAAGUAUAGUUAAAGGUGUCCCGUUCCCCCGAGAAAGCAACCAAAGAAGAUUACUUUUACAUUUUAGAAGGGCACUCAAUGCCUUUACUUUCAUGCACGUCAAUAUUAGCCAUGGUAUUAAAACAGGAUCCUGCCAACCUAGCAGUUCAAAAGCACAAAGUGCAAGUAGAUAAAUAGGUGCCGCUCUGGCAGGAAGGUAAACGGCGUUUCCGUGCACUGCUCUGGUUCUCCAGAAGCGGCUUAGUCAUGCUGGCCACAUGCUGACCCGGAAGUUGUACGCCGGCUUUCUCGGCCAGUAAAGUGAGAUGAGCGCCGCAACCCCAGAGUCGUCUGCAACUGGACCUAAUGGUCAGAGGUCCCUUUACCUUUACCUUUAUUAAAACAGGCUACUUUUUAUGAUGCUCUGACACAUCUCUCAUACCUCUGAGAAUGGAUGGAUGCUUCAUCACAAAUCCCCUCUACACACUGCCACUGCCUGCCCUAGAUGCAGAAGCCCAUGGAAGUGGCUGUAGAGUUUGAUCUCUCACCCUCUGCUCUUGAACGUGGUAGAAGGGCAGAUCCAUGGACAGUUGCCUGGUCUCAGUCUGCUUUGUCUCUGGACUGAUGUUAAGAGGGAGCGUCGCCAGGCACAGGUUCACCUAGUGAGCAGCUGUUUUUGAAAUGUACAGUUGAUCAAGAUAAUUAGUUCAGCAUGCUUUCUUCGUUUGUUAGAAUCUAUUUAACAUGACCAUUGCAACAGCUGCCAGCUAAGAGCAGAAAACGGGGCUUUAAAUAUUUGGGGCAGGUGCAGCUUUUGCAUCUCAGACCUUCAGAGAUGUGCAGUAUAGGUUAUGACUGCAGAGUAAUACUUAACUCCUGACACACCUGUAUUGCAUUAAUUUACUCAUGUAGGGUUGCAUCCGGUGCUGCUGAUCUGCUCACACAACAUACUACCUCUUGCACAUGGGAAUGUCUGCUUCCUCUUCCCCGCAGCCCCUUGUGCACCCUUAAAAUCUGAUUCAGAGCAGAUUUUGGGGUCACACAGAAGACGUAGGGGUAGUAGUCUUGUUGCAUGAAUGGAACGCCAGUUGUAUUGGAUGCAGCCCAUAGGCUCUUCUCAUGACUUCCUGAAGUGCUCAGAGGGAGUGCUUGAUCUGGCAGCUAAGGCUGACUAAGGGCUAGAUUUCAAGGGCAGGGUGGGGUUGGGUGGGGUAUGGUACUUAGAUAAUAUAGAUGGCUAAAAAGAUGAGUAUUGAUGGCGAAAAGAUGAGUUUCACAAAUUAGUCUUCAGAGAGUUAGGUUGGUAUCUUUCCCUGCUUCACUAGAUGUACCUGUGGGAACUUUGAGUCAGGGUUGAACCUGCAGCCUGUUCUGAGAAUGCUUACUUGGAAGUAACCCCAACUGGGCUCAAUGCUGGUGUGCCUAGGAUUGAAAGCUUUAGAGUUUAUGAAGUAGAUAUUCUUUUGAUUACAUGCUAUUGCUUCUUUUUAGAAACAAGCAUUCACUGAUGUCGCUACUGGAUCGCUCGGUCAAGGAUUGGGUGCUGCAUGCGGUAUGGCUUACACCGGGAAGUACUUUGACAAAGCCAGGUAUCUUGAAAAUAUUUUACCCUCUUUGCUUGGAUGGAGGUGUAUGGAUGGAUAAGGAAAUGAAGCAAAACUGCCCAUGAUGCUGUUACACAAUCAAGUUUCCAAUCUCAAGUUUGAGAAUCCAGACCCUGCUAAAUUAACAAGAUUCAUCUGUUGUUAAAUUGGGCACAGAGCAAAGAAAUGCCAAAUCUGGUCCACAACCUUUUGAAUUGCAAUUAUAGCUUGUUCGGUGCCCAUGUACGUAUGAGAGAAAGAGCAAGAAUCUCCAUAUCUCUGCAGAAAUAAUGCUAGUGACAAUGGAAUAGAAAGGUGACUUUAUAUGAAAGCAGUAUUUAGCUUGAGCGAAAGCGAAUUUUGUUCAAAGAUUGUUAUGGCAACACAGCGUUGUCCAACAAAGGUGUUAGAGGAUAUUAUGCAGAAGAGCCCUGUUGUGCGACUCGUAGUGAGUUCAAGGGCAAUAGUCCUGUUAGAACUGGUAUGAAAAUCUUCAUGUGGUGUUAAAGAAAAGUAGAUAUCCAAAGGCAUUUGUCUGUGUGUAUUGGGGAAGUUGAUGUAUUUUUUGUGAAAGUAUUAGAGCAUGAAAAUCUGGGUUGCUGAGUAAAUGCAAUUUUACAUUGCACACUUCACUUGCUUGAAAGCAUUUCUGUGUACACUGAUGUGCUGAUCUUAAUGCAGCCUGGCAGGUGGUAUUCAUAGAAAGACUUUAUCUCUGCCUACGGUUGGUGCUCACUGGCUCUUUGCACGUCAUGCUGGGGAAUAGCCAGGGUUUUGUAAAGUCGUAAUUUAGCUAGGUGACUAAUAAAGUUUGCAGAUACGUGCUCUAACACAAAUGAUAUUUACUGUAGAUGAUAGCAUGAACUGCUCUCAUCAGUAUUUAUCCAUUUUUAUUCCUGCCUUGCUGUAUUAUUGCCAGCUUGCUAUAUUCACACACCCCACCUCACCUCUCACACAAAUACAUUUAUUUUGCACACUGAUGUUUCGGCAAAUAGACAAAUCAGCCCAGAAAUUAUACAGUCAUCUGUAAAGUAUUUGAGGAAGUAGGAAAUGCAGAAAAGCUAAACUGGGGGGGGGGGGGACCCUGUCACUUGAAGUUGAGUUUGAUUCACAAAAUCUUAGAGAGAGGAAUGUUAAGUCCAUCUAGGAUUGUCAACUUUGUUCCAUCAGCCUUCUGGGCCUUUUAACAGCUGCAUAUUAGGUUUAAAUGCUGCUGCCAGUGCAUUCCCCAUCAUGAGAUACUGGGAUGGGUCACAAAUCACCCAUUGAAUGUCUGCCAGAAAAAAAUGGCAUCAAAUUGCACAAUGCAGCAGUUACUUCACAGUGGCUCUUUCUAUCCCUUGCUGUCCCUACCAGGAUGCAUCACAAUCCAUAUUGGCCUUUGCUCAUUUGAAAAAAUCAUAAAGUAGAACUGUCACCUGAUUAAAGAAAUGCUAGUUACUUGAUCAUAUGGUUUUUAGUUGACUAUGACUGUGUAAAUUUGCAUCAGAAUAAACAACAAUGCAAGCAUACUCUUGAAUGCCUGCACAUGUUGCAGUAGGCGCCAUCUUACUAGAGACCUUUCAUCCUCUGUAAGAGAGAGAGGACAGGGGAUGCCUCUUCAAAGACAACACCUGCCCUCUGCAGCUUUUUCUAAGAACGUUUUAAAAAUCGGUUCUUUUGCUUUGCUUUUUAAAACUCACAGACCUUGUAAAUAAGCCCAUAGAAGUUACUAGCCUGCAGAACUGUUUACAAGCUUGCUGGCGGCUAGCAAAGGAUGGAUGGAGAGCUCUGUUCCUUUUGCAGCAAGCUGUGGCAUUUCUGUGCUGGAAGUAAAUGGGAAAGGGUUUCCAUCCUCCGGCAGCUCCCUUAGUCUCUCUGCUGGUUGCUCAGCAGGGACAGACUCGUCUAUCCCUCUGUUAACACCACUCACUUGCCUGCUUAGAAUAGCAUCAUGCACUCAACCUGCAUGCAGUUCCUAAUCACUUGUGACUACCAGGCUAGUGCUUAAAUGCAAGGCUGAGUCUUGGGCACCUUUUUAAUAAAUCAAAAAAUUUCUAAUCUAUAUUAAUAUAAUCAGCCGUACCAAGAAGGAACAUUGCUGUGCAAGACUGUCGCUCCCAGUGCUUUUACAUGUGGCAGAUGCUAAUGACACGAAAGAAGUGGGGGUAAACCCAGUAUAAUGGAAGUGGGGCUGAACCUUUUAUUUAACUGCAGUAGGCCACAACUGAGGGCCAAAUUAAACUUGACUCUAAAUGCAUUUGGAAGUUGCAUUUGUAUGUUUGGUUGUUGUUUUUUUACAGCUAAUAGCAAUGUGUGGGUGGGAAAUUCUAUCCUCUGCUAAAUAUGCCUCAUGCUGUCACUUCAGCCCAGAAAGGGAGUUUCCAUUGGUGCUGGUUGGAGCUAUGAACUAUAAAACAAGCAAACAAAACUUCAAGCAUUUUAGUGUCCCAACUUGUUUUCCCUUGAGGUAUAGCAGUUCUUACAGGUUAAGCAUUUAGACUCAAAUAUACACAUUGAAUAAUGUGCAAAUCCUUGCCUCUGGCUGGAUAGAUUAUAAGCAGCACUUGUUAAGUAAUAUCUGAGCUUUCCCAAGGAUUUUGCUGAGUCACAGUGAUGGUGUGUUUAGCAGGCACGCAUUCAUUCCAGCUUUACAGUAAGAGUCAUUGUUAGAGCACCUUUCCCCCCUCAAGGUUACAUUCUCGUUCUACAAUAAUUGGCACUAAUGACUCACAGCUUCCCUCUGGUUACUCAUUUUGAUUACCUUUAGGUGAGGCUUUGACUUAGGCGGAAAAACCAAAAGUAGAGAAUAAUGUGUGUUUCAGAUUAUUCUUGCUGCUCGUUACGAGAUCCUUAAAUACUUUCUAGGGCACACGGGCACACAUUAUUAGGCCUCUUAACAACCACAGCAGCCUACAGGAACAAAUGAAGUUAGUUCAGUGAACUACACUAGGAGGGCUUGAAUUUUGGUCUUAAAAACCUGCAUUAUGGAGCUGAAUAAUACUUGUCUGCAGCCCUGUUUCUCAUGGUGUAUGACUAUGAAAAAAAGCUGUCCUCUCAGGGCACAUUUAAGUUAGAAUCUUAAAACCAAUAUUAACCUGUGCUUAAGGUUCCAGUAAUGUCAGACAUAGCUUCUAAAUGACUGUAAUUUUGCAUGGGUGCUGUAAUUUUGCAUGGGUGCUGUAAUUUUGCAUGGGUGCUGACAGAAUCUUGCUGCAUCAGAGCAAAGACCUAUCUAGUCUAGCCGGUUAGAUGCCCCAUGGCAGCCCACAAGCAGAAUAUGAAGACAUUUCCCACUAUUGUUUCCAGCAACCGUAUUUCAGUGGCGUCCUGUCUAAAUCUGGAGGUAGCAUAUAGCCAUCAUAACUAGUGGCAGCUAAUAGCCUUUUAUAUUCUAUGAAUUUGUCUAAUCUGCUUUUAAAGCCAUCUAGGCUAGUGGCUGCUAUCAUAUCCUGCAGCAGCUCAUUCCAUAGGCUCAUUCCAUAAAGGGAGGAGAGGGCUUUUUAAUACGAUCAAUACUUCCCAUGAUUCUUGGGGAAGGGGAGAAGCCAUGACAUUUAAGGCAGGCUUAUGUCUGUAGUGCAAGCCUGAUCAUAUAACAGGACAUCGGAGAGUAUCCACAAGCCUUGUGUGACCUGUCAAACCAAAUCCCCAAAUGCAGGCAUAAAUCUUGUGUCCGUACCCCUGCGGAUGGCAGCCAUAAGAAAUAUGGCAUAGCUAGCGUAAAGCUUUUAUCUGCACAUGUGUAAGUUUUCUGUGAUUACUUUGACACAGCCCUAAAAAGUUGUGUUUUCUUCCUCCUGUCUUCAAAACUGACUCAUUAUUUCAAAUUAGAUUUUAAAAUUAUGUUUUGGUGACUAUUUUCCAGAACACAUUUGCUGAAUUGCUGGUAGAAACAGAAAGCUGGACUAGAUGAGCCUUUGUCUGAUUCACCUUUUAGGCUUGUAAACUUUAUUUUAUGUCACAUCCAGUACUAUAAAUCACUUAAGCUUUUCCAGUAUAGAUGAGUCACAAACCAACACAAACAAGACAUUUGGAUCGACCCAUCUAAUGAAGAUUGUAUACUUUCUCUCUGAUUAAAGGAAUAAAUCAAAAUAAAGUGGCCGCCAGAACAGAAAUAACCUAAGACAUCUUAAUGCCUUUAGUAUCAUACACCCAGAGAGCAUGCUUUGGAAACAUUAUAGCAACCUUUCGCAAACUUGGGUCCCUGGAUGUUGUUGAACUACAACUCCCAUCAUUCCUAGCUACCAGGACCAGCGGUCAGGGAUGAUGGAAGUUGUGGUCCAACAACAUCUGGGGACCCAAGUUUGAGAAAGGCCGUGUAAUAGUAUGCCAAGCGCACUCGUUCUGACUACAGCAAAGUCAGCGGUGGGAAACUUAAGACCUUUCAGAUGUUGCUGGACUAGAAACUUCUGUCCAGCAUGGCCAUUGCUCAGAGAUAGUGGGCACUGUAGUCCAAGGCAUAUGGGCAGCCACAAGUUUCCUGCCCCUGUCCUAAUGGUGAAACCGAAUGUAACGGCAGCAGGUCUGUGUUGAAAUCCAGUUCUUCCCCAGCCACACAGGAAGCUGGGGAUGGUGGCAGGGUCUGAAUUUCAGAAUAAAAGGAAGUGAUAUACCGGACUUUCCAUCGCUGUCACUUGAAGUUUUUUUUUUAUACCAAAAGUCUAUCAGGCUAGGAAGCAUGUGCCUGGCAUGAUGGGCUUUAGAGAUGUAAGUCACGGAGGUGUCCUGUGCCCUGCCUGCCUUUUGCUCCUAAGAUCCAAACCUAUUUUCUCCAGAUACACAGAUAUGCUGCUGUAACACCUAACUAGGUUAUGUAAUAAUGAUGCAACAAAAAAUGGUAAAAAGAAAGGAAAGUAUUUAAAAGCAAAAUUCUAUGUAGGAAGAGUGCCAUUUAAAGGCAAAAUGUUUCAUUGGGGCUACCGUUGUAUUGUCCAUACUGUGUAGGCUUAUCUGAAAAAGUGUUUUUCCUCCUUUGUCAACUUACGAUACUGAAUAUUUAGUCCCUGCUUUUUGUUGUUCAAUACGCAGCUACCGUGUUUAUUGUGUCCUUGGUGAUGGAGAAUUGUCUGAAGGUUCAGUUUGGGAAGCAAUGGCCUUUGCUGGGUUCUACAAGCUGGAUAAUUUGGUUGCUAUUCUUGACAUUAACCGACUUGGACAAAGUGACCCUGCGCCUCUGCAGCAUCACGUUGAAAUCUACCAAAAACGUUGUGAAGCCUUUGGGUAUGUAUGUAUGUAUGUAUGUAUGUAUGUAUGUAUGUAUUUGAGAAAUAUAUGAUGUCUUCAACCUUGGUUGCUCUGUGCUCUUUUCAAUUUGUGGAUUGGGUUCAGAGGAUCAUUAAAUGCAGAGUCAAAAUCUCUAUGGGCAGCAGUCUUCCCACAGGGCUCUCCUGCUGAAGGAAGAGGGCAUUUCCCCCCUGAUUCCUCCCCCAAAAUUCCUGUGCUCUCUGAAAAGCUGCUCCAGAGUGUCAGGAUACAGAGUGCAUGGGGCUACACGGAGAAGGCAGAUUUGGUGAAAAUCACCUUGUCUUCUUCAUGCACUGGGAGCCUCCACUGAAUCUCAAUCCCUUCCACAAACAGAGACGUCAGCAUCCAACUUGGAGCCAUGAUAGUCAGUAUAAAGGGAUCAUAAAUACAGAAAAGUAAAGGCCAAUACAGGUUGUUAAAUUUUGUCCAGGAGUCAGUCCGUUCUUUCAUUUGAAGGGCACAAAAUGGCAAGGAAGCGGUUUUUUUAUUUGUUUAGCUGUUCACAGUCAUGCUUUCAUAGCAUUUAUUUCUGGCUCUGUUGAAAUUUGUCACAUUUGAGGAAACUGGCUAUUUCCUCACUCCUUAAAACACACUUAAAGGCCCCAUUGAACUAUUUGAGCCUUUAGGUCACAUAGGUGUUGCCUCUAUUUCAGAAAGGAUUUAUUGUUAUAGAUUCUUGUGUCCUUAACAAGUAUUCUAGACCUUGCUUUAGUUUAUAGUUAUUUUAAUAAAGUGGUUAAACAGGUUGAAGGUACCUUAUAGCCUUUGUGCCCACAAAGAGAAUGCGAUAGUAAGUGGAAAAAGUAAAAACUUAUUAUUCAGAGAGCUAAUUCUUGGUUUUUGCAAAGGUCCUUUAUGCUUAUGAAUACUUGGAAGAUAUUUAUCUUUUAGUCUAUGACACAUUCUUGCCUAAUAUUCUUAGCUACUGGUUCUUUUAUUAUUCAUUUAUAAAGGUUAGGCUGAAUAUGCUAGGACUAAAAUUUGCUACUGUUCAGCGUGCCAUAAGUCAGAGACGAAGACGAAUAAGCUAAGGCUACAAGCCCAAGUGCAACAUUUUCUGAUUCUGACAUGUCGCUGGGAUCCAGAGAACUGUAAGCAUCCAGAGAACCUAAGCAUCCAGUAGAGCUUGGUCUUAAUUUCUUUCAAACUGCAGCUCCCCAGGCCACAUGGUAAACUACUGAGGAGUUUGAUAAAGCGAACUGUGAUACAGCUUGGGCUUCGCUGUUCAAAAAACAUAGCAAAACAUCUCAUUGGGCGUGCCAAGCCCUUUGGUGCACUUAAGCUAUUCUUUGGAUCUUAGCUGCAUCUUGCAACAAAAAAUGCCAUCGUGUAGCUUAUUAAUAAUAUAUAACUAUAUGUACCAGUUCAGUGCUUGCUUUUGCUUAUUCGGCACGGAGCUCUUAUAAAAAGCUUUGCCUCUGCAAAUCCUUUUAAAAGCUAAUCUGUUUGUUUGCCUUCCUAGCUGGCAUGCUAUCGUCGUCGAUGGGCACAGUGUGGAGGAACUGUGCAAAGCCUUUGGCCAGGCCAAACAUCAGCCAACUGCAAUUAUUGCCAAGACUUAUAAAGGCAAAGGAAUAACAGGUGAUGCCAGGCGGCAGACUUUUCAGCUGAGCAGCAGCUACCGCUAUGAUUUGCUUGUUAAUAGUAUUUUUAGCCACUUUUUUUAUUAAGGAUAAGGAUGAUGAUAAGGAAUUACAUAGUGCUUUCAUAACACUUAUAUUGUCAUGUAAUCCUUACAGCAACCCUGCAUUAACGUUAACGCUGUUUUGCUGAAAGGGGUCUGAGACUGAAAGGGUGGUUUGCCUAUGGCCACCUAGUAAGUUCAAGGCAGAUGUGAGAUUCAAAAGCAGGGGUUUUCUGACUACAAGUUCAGUCUUUUCAUCACUAUGCUACAUCAACUAUCACAUUUAUUUCUCUCAUAUAUAUAUAUAUAUAUAUAUAUAUAUAUAUAUAUAUACACACACACACACAUAUACAUAAACAUAUAUAUAUAUAUAUAUAUAUAUAUAUAUAUAUAUACAUACACACUCAUAUAUAUAUAUACUCAUAUAUAUGAAUGAGAGAGAAAUAAAUGUGAUAGUUGGUGUAGCAUAGUGGUGAAAAGACUGAGCUACAAGUCAAUAUAUAUACUGCUUGAUUUCAGAAAACCUCAGAUUAUAUGUCAGUGUCAUUAAUGAUCCCAGUAGAAGAUGCUUACGCCACAUCACUAAGUGUGAAAGGCUUGAUUUCCCCCAGUAACACUUCAGUGUGAACCAGUUCUUUGAAAUCAGUUCCUCACUCAAGCUGAAACGCCUGCUAAACAUUUCUGCAUUUGCAGGUGACUAAAAUGGCAAGAUGGCUGACACCAUAUUACAGGGUGGCAUGUCGCCUUCCAGACAUUGCAGGAGUACAGUUCCCUCUAUCCCUGAGCGUUGGUCAGUGGCAUAGCUAACUGCUUGAGUGCCCGGGGCAAAUGCCCUGCACUCAGGGACGCUGCAAGCUGCUCCUGCGCGGAACCUCCACAGAAUCCGCAAGCCCCACAUUGCCGUUUCGGGCAGCACAGAGUCUGCAGGUGUCCGAGCCACCAUGUCACUCCCCAGGAGAGAUGUGUGGCUCGGGUGUGCUGCAGGUCAGGCCCCGUGAUCACCCCCCUCAGUGAUGAAACCUGGGGCGGCCCGCAUUCACCGCACCCCCUUCCUACAUCACCGGUGUUGGUCAUGUUGGCUGGGGUUGAAGGACACCAUGUUGUUAUCCCUGCCUAUAAGGUGACACAGUAUGUGCCAUAGUGGGAAACACUAGAUCUGAACUCUAAGCCUUUUCUUUUCACCCCAAGUUUAGCCGUAAAUUAUUCAGCAUAUCAACAUAACCCUUUGCUAUAUCUGAUGUUAUUUAGCCAGAUUUAUAUACACCACGAAAUCAAAAGCAAAUCAAAACACUAAACAAACCUGAUUAGCAUACCUCAGGACUUGAAUAAUAGUCUUCCACACAAAUUAUAUAAAAUGUGAUCCAUCUGGGAUAUUAAGCAGAAAUAUUUUUUAAAGCCCUGUUCUUAACAGAGCAUAACUCAUUGAUUAUUGUAAAGGAAAAGCUUUUUGUGCAAUAAACACGGUACAAAAAUGUCAAGCAUGGUGCUGAGAUGUAAAGCUAAAUAAAAUAGAAGUUUAGGCUCAAUUCAAGGGGGAUGAGGGAAGAAGAGUGGGCUAGCAUAAAGGAGAAUGCCUGUAUAUGUACUUCCAUAUUCCUGAGAAUGGUUAUGGUCCAAAAAUUAAGCCAUCAGGAAAAGUGGAGUGUGCAGUAUUCAAACCAUAAAUCAAUGUACUACUUCAAGAGAAUCACAUGGACAUUUUAAAAAAAAUUCAGUAGUUGUUAAAUAUGAAUGAGAUGCUCACUCAUAUCAUAUAUUUAUAUCAAAUGAAGUUUGAGUUAGCCUUCAAAAUAUAUCUUGUGCUUUUCCUCCUGCUUCACGUUAAGUAAUCUGCCACUUUUUGGUAAAUAGUAGGUAGGAAUCGUCUUCUGUUUGGCUCUUCAGUAUGAAUUGUGAGCUGUCACAAGUGGCAGGACACAUCAAAUGUUUCAUUAGCCGUGCAGCGGAGAUCUUUGUGCUCCUCCUGCCUGCUUGGCAGUCUGUGCCCAUUAAAAAUUAAAUAAAGCCCAGGCACAUCUGCUGAAUUUGGAUACGUGCAAGGAUGUGAAUUCCUUUCUGCUCUGGUAGAGAACCAGCUGAAAUCACAAUGAAUAAUGAAUCUCUUUGCGCUAGGCAACUGGGGGUUUGUGCCACUAUGCAUUUAUCAUGUAUUCCCCCCUCCUCCCCAUUAUGUUACAUUUUUAAUCUUGUGCAUCCAUCAGCUGGCUUAAGCCAUUUCAAAAAUAGCUAAAUAAACUUAGGAUAUUUGUCAUUUUUCAGGAACAAAUGCUGCCAUUCUGUGAGACUUCUGUAUGGCGAAAAGAAUCCAGUAUUUAGCUCCUGUUACUGUGAGAGCUCAGUCUGUCUGAUGCUCUUUCCCGAAGCAAAGAGACGUUUCGUGCUUGCACAGAGUGCCUGCUUAUUCAGGUCCUUAAUUACAGAAUACCUAGCAUGUCAUUAUUGCAGUCAAGGUUAUUGAUUUGCUGGCUUGAUUUUAUUCAUUUACUUGAACACAUAGUGCACCCUGCUCCAAGGGUUUAGCUAGCAGUAUUGCAGAAGCAAAAUUGUGAUGAUACGUGUUGCAGAGGCUCAUGAUCUAAAGAGGACUAAGAGAGGCCAAAAAGGGAUAAUAGCAAUAUGCAUUUAUGUUGUAAUUGAACUGAUGCAGAUGUGUGCGUUAUAUUGGCAUUCUAGUGGGCCCAAGCACCAAAGGAGAUUACUCUAGAAAGGAGGUGACGAGAAGAUGAAGGGAGGAAUUACUAGGACUAUAUUUUUAUUAAUUGAUUGCUAGGUCCUUGGAGAAGCUCAGGAAUCUCCUUCCCAAUUUUAAACUCAAAGGAGUUCUGUGAAGUAGGUCAGGCUGAAUGAUAGUGACAUUGGAUGGGGGGGGGGGUAAGUGGGGAUAUUAACCCAAGUAUUUCCAGUCUUAGUAUGACACUCUCAUGACUGGCUCAGCAUCAGCAUCUUUGAAUAAUUGAAUUGGGAGUAUAAUGGGGAGGGAGAAGGAAUUUGGCUGUAGGAGCAUCAGGGAAGAGUAUGUCAGGAGACCUUCUGCAGGAUCAAAGGAAUACAGUAACAGGAAUGAGGCAGGCUAAGGCAUUGCUAGCUUAAACCUCAUAGGAAGAUGUUUGCAUUUGCAAAUAACCUUAUUAGGUUACUUGGGCCUAACUCAGAAGAAGCUGCUGAUUUUGGCACUUUGAGGAAGUGUAUUGUAUUUAACUUAUUUCCUUUUUUAAAUUAUGUGUAUGGUAAUCCGCAGGUGUUGAGGAUAAGGAAAACUGGCAUGGCAAACCUCUUCCCAGAAACAUGGCUGAGCAAGUCAUUUCAGAGAUUGAUGAUAGAAUCCAGAACAAGAAAAAGCUUUCUCCAGCCCUUCCGCAGGAAGAUGCACCAGUUGUCAGUAUCAGAAAUGUCAAGAUGCCUUCACCACCAAAUUAUAAGUUGGGAGAGAAGGUAUGAUGGUGUUUCUCUGUUCUCCUCAAGCAAUUCUAGUUUAGGUUUAUAUUUGUGAUUGGAAAGGUGCUUUUGCUCACUAUUCUGGGAACUGCGUUUUUUAUGGAGUUGAUUAAUAAGAAUAAACAACUUUCAGUCCAGAAUUCUGUAAAAUAUUCCAGAUGACAUUCAGCUGCCUACUCAGUGGAGUUCUAAUUGUAAUUAAUUCAUCAUAGUAGCAAAAUGCCCAUUCAAAAUGUCACACCUUUUGGGAGAAGAGUAAAUGCUAUUUCAAACUAUUGAAGAUGAGCCAAACUUGAUCUUGUACAUGUGAGUCUCAAAGCAAAUGUUUUACUUCAUGCCUGUUUAAGGCCAUAAUUCUAGUGAGUCACUUCUAAGGUAACUGCUAAGAAUGGGACUUGUGGAGCCAUCACACAUGAGAUGCCUUGCGCAUUCAGGAUGGCUGCAAGUGAAGGCUGCAUGUCCCUACUUCAGACUGGAAGGGAUACAUCCUGAUCAAAUUUGGUUGUCAUUUUUAGACCCAGGUAGACUUCUUGUUUCUUUAAGAAUGAACCAGGUAGAGAGUUUGUCUGUCCCUCUUGCCUAGUAGUGGCAAAGUCACAAUACUGGUCAGUUGUCUCCUUCACCUGCUGUGAUGCAGAGCAAGUUAUAGCUGUCAGGCAGCUGAACUAAUGCAGCAAAUGGGAGAAGAAAAGGAAGACUUACCAGUCUCUCUCCCUGUCCUCAGAUUUGAAGAGCAUGGAAAUCUUACCUGAGCCUGCAGACAAAAACCUUAUGGAAACUCUUAGAUGCCAAAGUAAACAGAGACAGAAGGAGAAACUCAUGCAAGGGUGGUUUGGGGUUUCCACUUCUCUAGGGAAGUGCUGGUUGUGUUCCCAUGGCUAGCUUUUAGUCAAGUAAAGGACAACACUGCACUUGGUGUGACUGUAUGAGGACAACCUGGCUUCUCUCAGCACAGUUUCCCCUGAGGCCUUUUCCUAGGUCUUUCUGCUUCAGCUGUGAUGUGUUUGAUGACUAGAGGUAUAAAGACCCUUGUACUACUAGCACAACACCAGAAAGCUUGAAGUUAACCAGGAUUGCAAGGACAUAUUAUAGAUGCUUCAGUUAGCUAUGAUAAUCUCUGUGCUUAGGAUCAGAAUGGUAAACAUUUAAAAUGUUGGCCGUAUGUAUGAGGUACUGAUGUAACAUACUAUAACAUACAGGGGAGCAUUAGAGAUUCUUUGAAACUCUUCAGUGUAAGAGUUGGUCAUGCAGAGUUUUGCUUUGGACUCAUUUUCGAAGGUUUUUUAUUUAUGUGGUUUGCAAUUGCAGCAUAACAGAAUAAUUGAACAUAAUGAAAAUGGGGCAUCUAUGCCCUUUUCCUCUCCACAGUUUGCUACUCGCAAAGCUUAUGGCUUGGCCCUUGCCAAACUGGGCCAUGCCUGUGACCGUGUGGUUGCUUUGGAUGGGGAUACCAAAAAUUCCACUUUCUCUGAGCUCUUCAAAAAAGAGCACCCCAGCCGUUUCAUUGAAUGCUACAUCGCUGAACAAAACAUGGUAAGGUGUUUCUUCGUUUGUUUCUUCCUUCAAACUAAGCAGGUUUUUUUUGGAUAAAUUCUCACUCUCAUAAUUAAACCAUUGCCAUUACCCUACCUUUAUAAAUAAGGUUUCGUAUUCAACUAAGUCUUCCUUGAAGCAGACCCUUUGAAAUCAAUAGACUCAAGUUAGUGCUGUCCGUUGAUUUUGGUGACUCUCCUCUGAAGAUGACUUGGUUAGAUACAAUGUCCUAAAGAGCUUCGAGCAGUGGUUCCCAACCUUUGGGGGGGGGGGCAUGCCCCACCUAAACAUCUCUAAAAUCCUGAUCCUCCCCAGUGACAUAUAAUUCUUAUUACAGUGGUACCUCAGGUUAAGAACUUAAUUCGUUCCGGAGGUCCGUUCUUAACCUGAAACUGUUCUUAACCUGAGGUAUCACUUUAGCUAAUAGGGCCUUCCGCUGCUGCCGCGCGAUUUCUGUUCUCAUCCUGAAGCAAAGUUCUUAACCCGAGGUACUAUUUCUGGGUUAACAGAGUCUGUAACCUGAAGCAUCUGUAACCUGAGGUACCACUGUACUGUAUUCAAAAAGGGAACUAUUCAUGUGGAGGAAGCUAAAAGGCCAUUAACUUGGUCUAACUCAUUCUCAAAUUGCCCCCCUUAAAAAUAAAAUUGCUGCCCUGUGGGGCGUGUGCCCCAUGUUGGGAACCACGGGCUUAGGGUUUCUAGGUGCACUGCAACAUGCAACGGCCAGGUUGAUUCAAGGGCACAUUUCAUAGUGCAUCAGCCCCAUAGUUCUCCUCCUCUUUCAGCCCCAUAGUUAACCUUCUCUUUGCCUCCCACCUCUUUCAGAGCAUCUCCUGCCCUGUUUCUCCUUUCCCUCAGGCCUUGGACAGCUUGCUGCUGCUCUCCCUAUAUCCAGCCUACCAUUGUCAGAGAGCUUCUGCUUCAGAGCUCUGCAUAUCAGGCUGCUGUAACCAGAGCCAUUACUUCUAAUUUCUUGAGGAGCUUAAGCACAUUUCAUGCACCACAAACAUGUGCACGAGAGCAGGUUGCACUGCUAUGAUCAUUCUGUCGGCACACGUAACUCUUAUUUCCUUUCCCACUCCUCUGUGCACUCCAGCUCUAUUAGUCAAUUAGUGACGUAGCAAUUGGACCAAGAGCAUGAAGACCAAGUUCAUUCAUCCAUUAAACUUACCAGCUGAUCUUGAGUCAUUCCCAUCUUUCUCUACCUUGUUGUAAGGAUAACAUAGGGAGACGGGAAGAGCUUUGUAUACUGUCCUGAACUUCUCCUCGGAGGAAGAAUAUAAAUAUAUAAAACGUAUAUAGUUUAUAUAGGCAUAAAACAUUUAGCUAACUCAGCAUGUAGCACUCACAUUUUGCUGGAACUGGUUAAUCUGCUCUUCCCCUCCCCCCCCCCCCAAUUACAGGUGAGCGUUGGCGUUGGUUGUGCAACCCGGGACAGAAACAUUGUGUUUGCCAGCACCUUUGCCACAUUUUACACCAGGGCAUAUGAUCAGAUCCGCAUGGCAGCAAUUUCCGAGAGCAACAUCAACCUCUGUGGAUCUCACUGUGGUGUAUCCAUUGGUAAGCGUCUUCAAAUUUAUUCAGCAAAUUGCCUUAGUCUCCCAGAUGCAGGCACACAGACAGCUCAUAAAACUAAGGGGCAUGGUUAAAGUUUUAACUCCGUAUGAGUUUGAAACAAAUAUUCAAAUCUAAACUUUGCUUUACCCAUGAAGUGGAAGUAAUUUCAAAAUUCUGUAGGAAUCUCUCCCCCCUACCUUAUUAUCAUAGUCUACAAGUUUUAUUCUCUGCUUUUUAUUUGAUAUCACUUGUUGCAUCAUAGAGGAAAUGAGGCUUGUAAAACUGAUGGUCUGCUAAGUCCUUUGACCAAAGUGUACUUUUCAAACCUCACAUAGUUGAUCUGCCUACAAUAGACAUUCCAUGUAUACAUUAGAGACAAAUAAAGUGAGUUUUGGAUGUAUCAGAGAUUGUUCCAACAUGUGCUAGAAAAUGCUGUGUAUUCUCAUUUAGUUCCAAAUGACCAUUACACUUUACCAUUGUGUCAACGUGCAGGACGCUCUGGCUAUACCCAACAAAAUUAAAACAGCAAAGCAAGCUUUUCCCCCAAGCUUUUAUUCUAUUAUUGCUAUAUGGAUAAUGACCUUGUUUGUACACAAUACUAAACCAGACUAUGACUUAGCAAGAAUAAGCAAGCGUGUGGGUGCCCAGCAUGAAAACUGAUGCACUUUGCCAUUCCCCUGGUUCUGCUGCACUGUCAUGAGCCAAAUACAUGCUUUAAUUUAGCAUUUUGUGUAAACUUACGCUUGUGGUUAGUCUCGCUCCCAAUAAACCAGAAUUCAUACCAAGCAAAAACCUUGGUUAUUUGGGGGAGACAAGCCUCAAGUCUGUGUUCAGACGUAACCCUAAGUCAAACCCUGGUUUAGCUACAAGCGGUGCAAUAGCAUGACCAGAGAUAAGCAAAGUAGCCAUAAUUUUCUCUCUGGGUACCUGCAUGCUUGCUCAUUCUGGCCAAGACAUAAUUUGCCUUAAGGGUGUGUGCAAAUUGGGUUAUUGUGAACAGUGUUUUGUCUGAUAGAUAUGAAUAUUAAUCACCUUUGCCACCAGCUGCCAAAUCUUUGGGAGCAAUAUUGUUCCUUCAUAGCUCAUUGACAAAGUAUAUGGUUCAGUAAUGAUACCAUACUAAAAGCUGAUUAGAACUGCAAGUGGCUUAUCACAAAUUUCUUCUUAAAUCUGAGCUUUGGAAAGCACAGUGGAAGUUUCCUUAUUGGCUUAAGAGUUGCUCAUGCUGCACUCAGAGUUUGCACUGGAAAUGUAAGCACUGAAGCCUGAACAGCUUGGCAGUGGUUCAGGAAUUUUCAGCUUGGGCUUUGCUAUACUUGUCUCUCAGUGCUGUCGCAUGUUCAGGUUGCUCGCUUUAGCCAUUAAUUAGCCUCAGAUUCUUUCUAACACCACUUGCCACUUGUGCUUCUCUUCAAAGAAUUUCCAGUUGCUUCUUCAACAGUACAGUGAAGCCCUCUUUUAAGUACAGGUGCCAGUGUAUUUCAGUGCACACAUUCUAUUACUGUUUGUAGGGUGGGACAUGUGCUUUUGUUUUUUGCACAUGCCAAGAUCUUAUUUCAGUAGAUCUCUCACGGCCAACAGGAUAAAAGCUUCGCCUACUUCUGAAACGUGUGUUUGUAUGUAGGAGGCUGCAGGUUCAAUCCUUGCCCUUAUCAGGAAUGGGAUCUUAAGUUCCAAUGAUGAGAGAAACCUCUACCCCCUCAAGUUUAUUAAAAUGCAGAGAUGCACAACUGACUGGGGCUUUUUGGGGUCCUUGACUAAAUAGGUAUAUAUAUAAAGAAUGUGGUAGUGCCAUUUCCGUAACUCUCACUGCAUCCUGUGUGGCAAUUGUACUGAAACAGGAAGCAGACACUUUUCCACAUUUUUUUUAAAAAAAUGACUUUGGAGCGGCCCUCUGGCUCCUUUUUGAGGCAGACAGUGUUCACAAGUCAGUUCAACCAAGCAGAAGCUGGAAAAAAUGUACUCAGUUCUUCUAACUGGUUUCCUGUAAAUACUUUUCUUUUCCACCAGAAGGGCACACAUUCAUCCACAGCUCUUCCUACUGCUGGCUCUGGAGGGAUUUGAACUGUGCCAUUCACUGCUCUACACCCCCUCCCCAAAUAUAUCCCUAAUUAUAAUGCAUCUCUCUGUGGGUUUCAUUAAGCCAAUCUUCGCUGAAAAGUAAGCUUCUUAUGACCUUCAAGUGCCCCCUCCCAAGAUGGAACAUUCUGCUAGAAUCAUGAAUUCUUUUGUGUUCCACCAAUAAUUGAGACAUGCCUACUGUCACCUUGUACAUUUUUCUUUUGCCUGUUGGCUAAAAUUGUGUAUUUAUUUCCUUUCAUUUCUGUACUCAUGUAUGUAGCUCCAUAUCCAUUCUCCUUCUCCUUUUGCCUCUGUGGUAGUGGUGGUUUAGUUUCUGCUUUGUUGUUUCAGUUACCGUUAACGUCUGCAUUUUUCCAUGAUUUUUCUUUAUAACCCUAGUUUUCUUUCUUUUUAGUUUCCUUCUAUCUUCUUUCUUUGCUAUUUCCAAGUUUAAGCAGAAGAGGGUAGGUAGCCUUCCAUGUCCUGUGAGUGCCUUAUAUUUAUUUUGGAUGCCUUUUGUUUUAAGAAGUCUACAGAGAAGUUUGUUCACUUUUCGACACUGAUAUUUUUCUUUCACCCCCCGCCCCUAACCAUCUCUUUUCUAGGUGAAGAUGGACCUUCACAGAUGGGGCUGGAAGAUCUGUGCAUGUUCCGUGCCAUUCCUAAUUCAACUGUAUUUUAUCCUAGUGAUGCUGUAUCCACUGAAAAGGCAGUGGAAUUGGCUGCAAAUACAAAGGUCUGCAACUCUUCCGCAGGGUGCUUGCUUGGGAGUUUUAGAGCAGGGGCGGGGAAACCUGCUGGCCCUUCCCAUUUGACCUGCAAGUUCAUUUCAGGCAAGCCUUACACCUGACAUCAUAUAUGACAUCAGAUGGAGGAUAGGUAACGUUGGGACUCCUCAUUGUGCAGCACUUCCCAAGUGCAGUGGGCAUUAGGAAGGAAAUGUGCAAGGGACUUUUGACAGGUGUCAAUCGCCUGGCAUCCUCAUGAUGAUUGACAGUUGCUGCAUAGGGAUGGAGAAAAGAUAAGGAUCUGGCCCAUUACUGCCUCCAAAUCUGAUGUUUGCUCUCUUCUGUUGCAGAGGCAUAUAGGGAAGGGUGUCCAUUGCUGUGAAUUUGUCAGAGUUUCCUUGUUGGUUGGCUGUUUAUUUCAUUCCAUUUAUACCCCACUUUUCUUCUCUCAUGGAACCCAAGGUGUCAUGCUUAUAAUACCUGGGUGGUCACCCAUCCAGAACUAGACACACUCAGCUUUAAAAAGACUAGUUUUGAUGUUUGGAUUUUUAAAUGCCUUUUUUCCGUUUUGAACUUUAAUUCCAUGGGCUAUUGUGGGUGUUACAAUCUAUCCUGUGUUCAUUUUGAAAACAGGGCAUCUGUUUCAUACGAACCAGUCGUCCAGAAAAUGCUGUGAUCUACGGCAGCAAUGAAGAUUUCCAUGUUGGACAAGCCAAGGUGAGCGCCAUUUUGAAAGUUGCUAAAAGAUUUGAACUACAAGAACGUAGUCAUUGAACACUGUGAUUUUUACUAGCUUUUUCCAGUAAAUCUAAUUCUUUGUUUUACUGUUGUUAUCAGGUGGUAUUCAAGAGCAAAGAUGACCAGGUCACGGUUAUUGGAGCAGGAGUAACUCUGCACGAGGCACUGGCUGCAGCUGAGCAACUGAAGAGAGGUGAUUACACCAAACUCUUUUGAGAAAUGCACACCAGCCAUCUUGUAGGGAAGAACAUGAGGGCUAUAAAGGGCGGGGGGGAGGGAGAUAGGAAAUUCUUUAGAAGUGUAAUCUAAUUACUACACCUUUCCUUGGAGCCUUAAGUCUAUUUAUAAAAAAAAACAAGAAAAAAGUUAGUUUAAUAUAUAAAAUCAAACCCAAACAUGUACCUUAUCUGUAGCAACAUAGCCCUGGUACAAACAAUAGAAACUGGUUAAGAGACUGGGAAUGUGAUAUAGAUUUGCAUGGCCUCUCUUCCUUGUGAAUUUCCAUGGUUUGUUUAACAAUGGUGUAACAUUACGCCACUAACAUCACUGUUAAGAAUAGCUAACUAGAUUCCCUUUUGACAGGGACUGGUGAAUCUGAUGCAAACUGGUUCUAAAGACUUGAGGUCACCCUGGUUCGGAGUAACUAUGAUCAGCCUCAGUGCAGUGCAUGUACAAGACGAACCAUGCAUGAAAGGGAAGGAGGGAAAGGAGAAGUCAGUGAGCAUGUGGUAUAUUGAUUAGGAAUGCAGUCAUACCUCGGGUUAAAUAUGCUUCGAGUUGAGCGCGUUCGAGUUGUGCUCCUUGGCAAUCUGGAAGUAAUGGAGUGCGUUACUUCCGGGUUUCGCCGCUUGCGCAUGCGCAAACGCUCAAAAUGCCGUCACGCACAUGCACAGAAGCGGCAAAAAGUGACACGUGCACGCACAGAUGCGCUGUUGCUAGUUACGUUUACCUCUAGAUGCGAACGGGGCACCGGAACGGAUCCUGUUCGUAUCUAGAGGUACCACUGUAUUGCAUCUGCACAAGAUCUUACUUGAUGGAUGGUCCUGGAUAAGUAAACCAUGGUUUGCUUCACAGUAGAUGAAAUGUCACCUUUCCUGAAACAUACAGGUUGCACCAUACCUGAACACUUUCAGUUACAGGCUACCUAACUGGCAGUAGUUCACAUAUUCCCCAUCCUCAUUUUAUUCCUUGAAAGACAUGUGUUGCUACUCAUUUCACUGCAGAUAUCAUCAUUUUAGUAUCGGAAGUGUACUGGGCCAUGAUUAUCCAAGACUACUGGCAUUCUCCAACAUAACCUUUGGUGGAAUAAAGGAAAUCUCACUAUUGAGAAGUCCACAAGAUGAUAGUACUAAUAAGUUAAUGCAAUUAUAGCCAUUGGAUAAAUGAGCAGGCAGCUGUGCUUUAAGAAGACUGAAGCUGAAUGAUGACCUUGUGCUAUCUAGUUCUUUAGAUAUUCCAUAAGCUAGUUUCUGGGUGGCUUAAUUCUUCUGGAGAUCAAUUAUCAUAGUAAAGGUCCUUGGAAGUGGGUCAUGAGCGUCCUCAUUCUAGGGAAUGACAAAACGAGAAAGUAAGGCUUACGCUUACUUAUCAGUCAGCUUCUUUUUUACUUAUAUUCUGCCCAUUCUUAGAACCAAAUACUUAGUGGUUUCAAAGACCCCGUUGGAAUGCUUUAAUAAGUGUGUGUGAAACGUUAAACAUUAGCGAGUCCCCUCUCCUGUGUUUUGUUGAGCCACAUGCUCUGGUGCAUAAUUCUGUUCCCAUUCUUUUUCUCAGAAAAAGUUUCCAUCAGAGUGAUUGACCUUUUCACUAUAAAACCUCUGGAUAAGAAAACUAUACUUGAAAAUGCAAGAGCAACCAAAGGCAGAAUUAUCACUGUGGAAGACCAUUACUAUGAAGGUAGGUCAACACACGAUAACAAAGGGAAAAAAUUCAGUACUGUAUAUACGUCUCUGCCGUGGGUGUCCAUUUUUUUGUUUUGUUUUUUAAUUCCUCUUCUGUGCUGUUUCCUAACUUUGGAGGGUUUUUUAUAUUUUGUAUAUUGCAUUGGACAUACAUGGAAGGUGAUUAAUAACGAUGAUGAGAAAUACAUGGACACUGGUUAUUUUCUAGUUCCUGUGCUCUACCUAUACAUGGUACAGACACCUAGAGAAAUGAGAUUUCUCUCAUGACUAUCCUAGCUUGACAAUCCUAGCUCGGGUGUGCUCUUGCAACAGUUAAACAUUGUUGUGUUGGAGUUGCAUUUCCUGCUGUUGUAGUGGAGCUGCUGGCUCUCCAGAUAUCACUCUAUUAUCCCUGACCAUUAGUUGGUCGGGGCUGAUGGGGGUCCAACAUCAUCUAAUAAGCUACAUAUCUAAGACAUUGUUUCCUCUAUUUCAGAUAUUCAGGGUAUGAGCGCCAUUAGUUAUAUAGCCAAAAUGGCACCAUCCUCGCAGAAUGGGGAGGUAUCAGCAGGCUUGGGUGGACCCCAACAUUCCCAGAAAAAAAUUCUUUGGGUGGGGGGGAAUAGCUAAGGAACCUCAAAGGUGUCCAUUGAGGAAUGAACAAGCUCAUUGUCCUCAGAAUGCUGAUUGUUUGCUGUGGAGGGGCGGGGGAAUGAUAUAAUGGAAUGGAAUUUUGUGGAGGGAAGCAUAGCUAACUGGCUGGCUGGAACACUAAAAAGGAGCACUCCACACUGCAACAUUUUACCACAGGUCCUCCUUUAGACAUUUCUAAAAUAGCAUUUUUGUAUCUCCUGUGUCUUCAUGAUCAACUACUCUACUUGGAUGGCUUGUGUGGACUCUUGGAGAUCAGCUGUCUUGAUUGGGCAUCAAAGCAUUAAUCUUCUUAGAAGAAAAACUGUUUAGGCAAAAGCCUCUCAUGGGACAAACAACUUUGCAACCUUUCCAACCUUUCCAAUCCCUCUGAACUAUCCAAUUGUUUUCUUUUUAAAUAGCUGGAUUAAGCUGCUUACAAAGAAAUAAAGCUUGUUAGCCUUGACUUAUCAUCCAUUUGUAUAUUAUCUUUCCCUAGGUGGCAUUGGAGAAGCCGUUGCUGCGGCUGUGGUUGGAGAACCAGGGAUCACAGUCUCUCGCUUGGCUGUGUCCCACAUACCAAGAAGUGGAAAAUCAGCUGAGCUGCUUAGGAUGUUUGGCAUUGAUAAGGAUGGCAUCAUCCAGGCUGUGAAGGUGGCAGUGUCCAAAUCAAGGAAUGCAGAGUAGUUUGUGUUGUACACCCAUUGUGUUCUGGGGCAGUGUUUUGGGAUAAGGAUGGUUAAAAAGAAAACCAAACACUGUAGCUUUCAAACAGGGUUGAAAUUAUAUGCAGAGUUUUAAUGGAAGAAUUCUAAUAAAAGUAAAAGUUUUGGGAGAAAAA